CCAUCAGCAAAGAAACACCCCUAAGUGCUAAUUACAUUCAGAAAAAAAAAAUAAUAAUAAAAAAAUGGAGAGCAUUGCUAAGAGAUGGAGAGUUUUGAAUGGGAGUGACAACUGGGAAGGGUUACUAGACCCUUUGGAUUCUGAUCUUCGCCGCUACCUCAUUCACUAUGGUUCAAUGAUUGGAGCAGUAUACGACUCCUUCAUCAGUGAACCAACUUCUAAGUAUGCCGGGCUAAGCCGCUACGCCAAGAAAAGCCUCCUUGAGGAGACUGGGCUUGAGAAGGCAAAUCCUUUCAAGUACACUAUCACCAAGUACUUUUAUACUCCUUCAACUACAUGCGGAGCCCAUCAUGGAGGAUAUCAUGUCCAAUCAGUGCGAGCAGACGCAGUGAUGAAAGAGUCAAAUUGGGGUGGAUAUGUUGCUGUUGCCACCGACAAGGGAAAGGAGGUUUUGGGACGGAGAGACAUUCUGGUCGUUUGGAGGGGAACAGAAACGAGGUCGGAGUGGAUUGAGGAUUUCAGAAUCCCCAUGGUCAAACCUCGAAUCAUCUUUGCCCAGGAUAAUGGUUCCCUCGUGCAUAGAGGUUGGUAUGAAAUGUAUACCUCUACCAAUCAAGAUUCACACCUCAACAGUAAUAGUGCCAGGGACCAGGUUCGAGCAGAAGUUUGCAGGCUACUUGAUCUGUACAAGAACGAGGAAGUGAGCAUAACUGUGACAGGACACAGCCUGGGAUCAUCACUGGCAACACUAAAUGCAGUUGACCUAGCUGCCAAUCCAUUCAACAACACCGAUGUUCUUAUCACAGCAUUCUUGUUCGCAAGCCCCAAAGUGGGAAACGAGGGUUUCAAGAAGGCUUUUUCCCACCUGAAAAACCUCCGAGCUCUUCGAGUCGUUAACAAUGGGGAUCUUGUGCCAAUGGUGCCAUUCUUGGCUGUUGAAGCCGGGACUAUUUUACCCCUCAUAGCCUACAAAGACGUGGGAGUCCAAUUUGAUAUAAACGCUUCAAAAUCAGAGUAUGUAAAGCAUGAUAAGUUGAACGUGUUAAUGUGGCAUGGGCUGAUGAUUUAUCUGCAUGGAAUCGAUGGGUUUCAAGGACCGAAGGGAGAGUUUAAACCACAAGGGUGUUUUGAUAUCCCUCAAGUCAACAAGUAUGGAGGCAUGCUGAAAGUUGAGAAAUGCCCGGUUCCAACUGAAUGGUGGGUCGAGAAGAACAAAGGAAUGGUUCAGCAAGAUGACGGUACCUGGAUUCUUGAUGAUCACGAGGCAGACCAUGUUGUGUUCGCAUAAAUUAAACCCUUUCAUGGUGGGAUACUAUUGAUAUGAUUUUAAUAAGGUAUGAAUAAAGUUUGUUUGUGUGUUAGUUGUUUAAGCAAGGGAACUAUAAUGUCACAUAUAUGUUGUUCAUCAUCUACGUUGUGCGUGUAGAGUUGCCUUUCCUGUUUUCCAACGCCAUUAUUGGCGAACUUAAUUGCAUUGUACUGCUUUGUGUAUGUGAAUAAAUAAAGUAUUUGCUUGUGUA